AUGAACGGAUUCUACUCCUCCAUCGCGCACGGCCUGGACGAACUCCACGGCACGCUGGCCGCCUCGUCAUCGUCGCCGGAGGGCGCGUUCGUGUCGGCGCCGUUCCUCCAACAGGCAGCGGCGCUGCUCCGGUCCCUGCAUUCGCAGCUCGUCCACCUGGUGCAGCGGCUCCACCUGCCGCCCGGUGAGAGCUGGCUGGACGAGUACAUGGACGAGACCUCCCGGCUAUGGGAGGCCUGCCAGGUCGUCAAGGCCGGCGCCACCGCGCUGGACACCUACUGCGCUUCCGCCACCCGCAUCGAUGCCGCCUUCGACGACUGGCUCUGCAGCCCCAACCCACACACAGCCCGUCAGGUGAUGCGUGCGAUCAACGCGCCAAGGCGGCAGGCUGUUGGGCUGGAGCAGGAGAACCGGGCGCUUGCGGAGGCUAGGAUCGACCCAGCGUCGCUGCUGCUCGACGACCGGUCGCCCGUGGAGUUCAAGCUCAACGCCUUCAACGGUUUCCGGGGCGUGCUCUACGCGCUGCGCAACGCCAGCUCCUUCCUCCUCAUGAUCCUCAUCUCUGGGACGGUCUCCUGCCUCCCGGACCUUGGCUGUGCGCCCAUGUUCCGUGCCACGGGUGCUGGCUACGUCUCCUCCAUGGGGCGCCUGCGCCAGCGCGUCGCCGAGGAGAUGGAGGCAGUAGCCGGGCAGCACUCUGGCUCUGGCGUCAUGAUGUACGAGUUCCGGCAGGCCAGGGCCGGCAUCGAGAGCCUCAAGGCAGAGUUCGACAGGGUCAUCGCCACAGGGUAUGCCGACCCCGGUGAGAUCGCCGAGAGGGUGGAGAUCAUCAAAGGCUGGGUUGGGGUGCUGCAGUCAGGUGCGGAGAGUGUCGUCGGCGAACUGGAUGACUUCUUUGAUGAGAUUGUGGAAGGCAGGAAGAUGCUGUCUGACCUGUGCAGCCAUCGCUGAAGCUGAUCGGAGUUUGCAGCAGCUAUUAGCAGAAACAAACAGGGCAUGGUAGAUAGUACAACUAGGCUAACAAUUUUAAGAAAAAUGUAGGUGUUUUUUGCUUUUGUGAUUGGGUAAUCUAGCUACUCUCUCUAGCUACCAUAGCAGCUAGCCAGCUAGUGUGUGUGUCUAUCAUCUUUGCAUCGUGUCUUCUUUAAGCAGCAAUGGUGAUGGCAGGCAGUUUGUGCUUAGGCCUACCUAUUAUGAGCAUCAGAAUCAGAAUAUGUGUAGUAAUUUUUAAUGCAUUGAUCUAGGCGGAGUUUCUUCCAUGGAUGAAUGAUAUAAUGGUUGAUAGUGAAAGGAAGAAUCUGCAUUGGAAAAGGGAA